UAUAAAUUUUAUGCCUUUUUCAGGUACUACAUAGGAUCUACGGUGAGAACUUGUGAAUGCCCUCCAGGAUAUGACGGUGCGCGAUGCGAAGCGAAGAAAAUUUCCCCGCCGACACAAAUUGGAUGUAGUGGUCCUUCAUGCAACAUCACGUGUCCUAACGGGAAGACGAGUAGUUCGGAUGUGGAUUGCAAGGAAGAAGAAAAAAGAAUACGUUAUGUCGUCUCGUUGAAGUUGACAAAUCCGAAGGUGAAUACCAUUUUAUCCGACCGAAAGAAGAUGGAUACGUUCAAGAAAGAAAUGGAACAUGCACUCUUUUUGUUGUUUAAAGGUCGUCUGGAAGUUAUAGAGAACAUAACAGUACUAGAAGUUAGAUCGAACUCCAUCAUGAAAUUUCAUGUCUUGGCCAAAGACGAAGAUUCAGAGGAGCUGAAACUGACAAUAGAGCAGAUGUUAAAACUCGGAAAACUUGGUAGUUUCGACUUCGAUCACGAUUAUCAAGAGAUAUAUUUUGAGCCAGCGCUUAGAAUCGAACGUGUGGAGGCAAGCGAAACAAUGCCUAUCGCUGAGGGCACGGAAUUGGUGCUAGCCUGUAUCAUUCAAGGCUCCAGCGAGAUGCGAGUAGAAUGGUUAAGAGAUGGCUUUCCUAUACACAUACAUACAGCAGAAAGAAGUAUGUGGACCACUAUCGUCCCAAAGAAUUCACAAGACCAAUAUACAGUGCUACUUGGUUUUGAUCGAGUUGCGAGCUUGGACACGGGUGUCUUUACGUGUCAAGUGAGUGACUGGGGUUUCGUUCGCAAUCGAAGCAUCUACGUCCGUGUUCUAUCCGCCCCCCAGCCUCAGCUGAGUCCGAUAACAGCCACCGUGCCUCUGGGUUCGUCCCACAUCAUCACGUGCCUCUCGAGUGAGGAUAUCUACCGUAAUUUCGGAUACACUUGGCUGAAAAAUGGCCGAGUUCUCAAUCCCAGUGUUGAACCUGAAAUGGCCGAGGACCUCUUUCCCACAGGAAGCAGGAUCCUUCUUCAGGAGGCCGCAGCUUCUGCUACAUACUCCUGUAUUAUCACCAGCUCAGCGGGAUCUACUAGAAAAGACAGCUUCGUGACUGUCAUCGACAAAGCACGUUCUUCUCCUUGUUGCCAGCCUGAAGAUUACCUGAAAGUGAGAUGGACAAUGACAGCUUCUAAUACGGAAAACAUUCAACUUUGCCCAACGGGUUACACAGGUGAUGUUCGAAGGAAGUGUGUCCAUGACAGUAACACAAACAGUGCAUCAUGGGGCGAACCAGACUUUUCUGGCUGUUUUUCAAGUGGAUUCUUAAGUUUAAGGAAAAAGAUAACAAAUAAAACAGGAGCACUGUAA